CUCAGAUUCUUAAAUGAUUCAACUAGGAUGUUCUGUGUGUAAUUAAUUUUAAAAGAGAUUUAAUAAACAAUAGUUUAGGAAAAAUAUUAAAACUAGUAAAAAUUGAGGUCUUAUCAAUAAACCAAGACUUGAGAAUCAUUAUUCAAUUAGAAUUGUGUUAAUUAGAAUUUAAUUAAAUCAUCAAAUAAGCACAAAAUUUUGGCAUGAUAUUUUCAAUAAUCUAUAUUAGAUUCAUAAUUUUGAGGACACCAAUGAAAGCCUUGAGUUAGUACAUGAGAUUUUGGUUCAUAUGGUUCUGGUGUAGCUUUAGGUUAAGUUUCUUAUUGCUAUUGUUACUCUUUUAUUUCCUCAGAGCUGUCAAAAUCACUCAGAUUGAUUUCUUAUAAUUCAUAUUUAGGGGCCAUCUAUUCUAGGAAUUGAUUAAGUUUGAUGAGGAGCAAAUUUUUGAGUUUUUUAUCAUCCAGUUGUAUUUUAGGCUUUUUUCUAGUACUAUUUUAAUAAGCUUCAUAUUCUUGAAUAAAUGAA